AUGGAGGGUGGAAGUUCUGGUGGAAGCUCGGCAGCUGCGAACGGGAGCCUGAAUGCAAAUGCGCCGCCCCCAUUUUUGAGCAAGACGUAUGAUAUGGUGGACGACCCUGCGACGGAUGCGAUCGUCUCUUGGGGACCGGGCAGCAACAGCUUUAUUGUAUGGAAUCCACCAGAGUUUGCAAGGGAUCUUCUGCCCAAGUACUUUAAGCAUAAUAACUUCUCCAGCUUCGUUCGCCAACUCAAUACCUACGUACGUUCCUUCUAGUUCUUCCGUCUAUUAUUAUUUUUCUCGCUUAAAUUUUUGAGGGUUUGAUCUUCCUGAAAUGUAGAUCUUCGUUAUGCCUUUUAAUGUGUAUGAUCUUUAUAUGUUUCAUCUCUCGGAAGGAGUCAUAAUUACUUCUGUCCUUUCGGAAUAUGGCUGGAGAAUUUUCUACCCCCGCCCUGUGAGAAUUGAAAGGUAGAAUUUCCAGAAUUCAGGAAAUAUAGCUAGGUAAUAUGUGGUUGGAUGCUCUGGCUUAUAGGCCUUGGAAGAGGAUUGAGUCUGUAAUUUAGCUCAGUGUGAUUUUCUUAUCAACAUCUUUGAUCCCCGAGUGUGAUAAGAUGUUCUUUUGUCGAAAUUGAAUGGAAAUCAUUACAAUAUUUGUAGAAAAAAGGGCAAUGAAACACUGAUUGUUGUCAUAGGUGAAUACAUCACGAUCAGUUAUCAUCUCUAUCGGUGGCCAUUUUCAUUUUUUUCUGAAAGUUUGCUUAUCAUCAGUUUCAGAAGGGGGUGAAGUUACAUGUGAGUGCUAAUGAAAUAAGAGGAUAGCAGGCGGCCUGCUUCCUGCUUUUCAACAGUUGUGGGGACAUGAAUAGCAGGCCAGUAGCUGCAGAUUCUCCGUCCUUAUUAUUAUUCCUGUGCUUUGUUUUCUGUAUCUUAUCAGCAACCAUUGAAAAAAGCAGGCUAGAGGAGCUGAAGAAGAUAGCCUUAGUUCAUUUUUAAUUAGCUCUUAUGCCUCUUCUGCCCGAAAUAUAAAUCAAAUUCCUUUCAACCCCAUUGUCUCUGUUAUUGCUAGAUGUUCAGAUUGUCACGAUAGAGAAUGUGUAGUGCAAAAAGUUUGAUAAAGAACUUUCAGGGUGGUGGGGAAGACUUCUAUCUCUUCGGUACCAUAAACUCUGUUCAAACGGUGAUGUAUACUAUCAUCAUAUACUGCCUUUCCCUUCUCAGGAUUCCAAAAUUGGAAUUAGGCUAUUGCGUAUUUGAUGUAGAAUUUUCCACAUGAGCUAGGGGAGAUAUUGUGUUUUGAAACAUAAGGGACUUCACUCAGGCACAACUAGGAAUCAGUUGUGCAAGCUAUGAAUUCUGCUUUGAAGCCAAUGGCUUGAGUGGAGAAGGUAUACAUGCCAUAAAAGAAAGGUGAGAUAUGCGACGCCAAGUGUAUUGCAUGAUACUUGUGUUUGAAAAUAGAUUCUUUAAUAAGGCAAGGAGACUUUGUUGAUAUCCUGGUGUCCUUGUUGAAUUAGUGGAUGAUCUUGUUAAUGUCUGGCAGACAAAGUUGAGAUGUGAUGUAGGACAUCGCCUGCAACAGAAAGAAGGGCGAAAAAUUGUUAACCCAGGUGGCCCAAUACUAGUGGGUCAGGCGUUCUGGAAGCUUGUGCAUGGGCUACAAAGACGAAAGCAUCCAAAAAAGCCCAAAGUUAGAUUAGGCUCAAAUGAAGUGCAAGAAGACUGAGUCAUACCUAGGUUGCUGGGUAGAGUCUGUUAUGUUCUGUUUCUUUCUUUCUCAGUUUCUGUUAUAUGUUUUUGUUGUCUAUUUCAGGGACAGGCUCAGAAUUUGUUUUGAUUUUGUAUCGAAGUCUGUUUGCUUUUGGGGCAUUCCACUUGUUUUUUUUAGCCUAUUUAAAAGCCCCCACAUUUUAACUCGAGGCGAUCUUAGUUAUUACAAAUUUUGGUUAUCUUUGAGAGAGUUCUUAAGUGUUUGUAGAUUCAAGCGCCUACCUUGUGGAUUCAAGGGAAUAUUGAUCCUUAUAGAUUCAAGGUUCGCCGCAUCAAGUCCUUGUGAAUUCAAGGACCCGAGAAAAUCGUUCCUUGUGGAUUCGAGGUCCGAUUUUCACUCUUCCUACAUUCCAGAUUCAUAUCUUGUAGAUUCAAGGCUCAAAUCUGUUAUUUCUGCAACUCUACCUCCAUCAAAUCGUCAUUUCAUCAUCACUCACCGUGUCAGGAUGGAACACUGGUGGACUUAUUUAUCUCUCUUUAUAGCAGUGGUAGAAAAUUAAAGUUCAUAAUAAUUAGGAUCUAUGAUAAAGGACUAUGUUUCAGAGGAAUUUCCUGGCAUGAAAGAAAUGGUAUCUUGAUAUUUUGGGCUGUCUGAAUGUUUAUUUUGUAAUUUGUAGGGGAACUGUUUGGUAAGGAAAUGGUGUUUGAAUUCUUCUCUAGGUAUAAGGAACUGGGGACGAGGUUAGGAAAGUGAUUUUAGAGUCUUCUUAAUGUUUCAUAUCCAUCUAUUGGGGACAGGGCAUGUGGCACCGCAUGUUAGAUUGCAUCCAUGUGAUACCUCAUACUUUUGAUUGGCUAUUGUAGUUUAUGUAUAGAAACAAGACGACCCGUUUCCCAUGUGAUGAUGUUGAUGAGGCAGUGUGGCUCACACAUUUCAUAGUUGCUUUUUCUCUACAAUUUUUGGGGAGAAGGGAUGUUAUGCUUCUCCAGUAUGAGGGUUUGCUUGAGAAUGAUUGAUGAAGUGGACCAGUUUCCUGUGUUGAGAGAAUGCCAAAGCUGGUUCUUAUAAUGUGCUAUUUUUACUUUCAAGUGGAUUCACGCUGUGUUAUCAAAGCCAAAUGAUUGCAUGUGAUACUUUUGCUCCGUCUUUGGACUUAUUGUUGUUGUCACCUGGCCACAGAACCGCUGCCAUGGUAAUAAAUACCUUAUAGAAAAUACAUGGUACAACCUUAUUACCUAGUCUAAAUGCAUAAUUUCGGCCCUUCUUUUGAAACAAAGGAUUCCUGUUAAAAGCAAGCAUGUGAAAUCCACUUCCAAUGGUGUUUGCAUUACUAUGCUUAACUGAAUUUUUCAUGUACUUUAUUAAUCUCUUUUAAAAAAGAAGUGCCCACAGGCCAUCCUUGCUAAAUCUAAGUUUAGGGCACCAGACUGGCAUAGGAGAGAGAUAAUUUAUAUGAUAUUUACGAAACGAAACAAAGAAGGUGAUCAUGCGAAGAGUAAAGCGUCUGAAAGAAAAGUGCAAAGAUUGACUUCAGAAGCCAAGACAAGGUGAGAAAGAGUCUAUAAUCAGACGAAUGGAAGCUGGCAAGAGCACAAAGGAGAUUGAUUAGAGGAGAAGAAAAUAGUGAGCUUUAGCUGAUGCAUUUCAGAUGAUUUCUCACGCUAGCUUUACCCCUCUUUUGUAUUUUUUCGUUAGUCUUGUUAGAAGAGAAAUAAAACACUUAAGCUUUAUCGCAAUUGUGUUUCAGGGGAAAGAGUCUCUAAUUCUUUCCCCGUUGCCCAGGCUUUUGAUGGUGAACUAUGCGUGGGUUUCUUGCUUGGGCCUCUUGUUUUUCUUUCUGCCUCACUCUGUCUUGUGUAGAGCUCUUCUUAUCUCAUACCUUUAUAGGAACCCCUUCUCCUAUGGUUGUAGCUUAAUUUUUUUGAACUGUCUUCAGUUUUCGAUAAUCAGUUAAUUCUGGUGCAUCCACUCUGUACAAAAUACGGUGUUUGGGCGGGAUUUCAUGCAAAAAAAUAGCAUUUCCGAUUAACAAACCAUCUCUCUCUUCCCCUUGUCACUUGAUUUCCAUGCACAAAGUAUUGACCAAUAUAUUGAUACUUGACAGUCAGAUAUUAAUUUCCCAAUAUGCAAUGGGUAUUCUAUUAGCAUGCAGAAGACAGGUACCGAACUGAGGAUGGAACACAAUCUUUGUUUUGUUGGUAUGAAUCCUCGUUCUGUUUGUUCAUUGCAAAUUUGUGAGGCAAAGUGUCGGAACUACCAGACAUCCCCAUCCUUCUCUGUCGGGCACCUUCUAUUCCAUUCUUGCAGUAGCUCCAUACAUUGUAGGAUCUCCCUGUUAGCUGUGCUUCAUGAGAAUUCUUUUUCCUAAACAGUUAGAAUCAGAAAAUGCACUGAACACGCCUUCUUACCUUUCGUGGUCUCUUAUAUCUCCACAACACCAGGUCCCUCCAUGCUCUCAUUCCCACCUCCAUCUCUCAUACCCGGCUUCCCUGCCCUGUUUCUUCUUGGUGCAGUACUUUCUUUCUAAAAAUGGGAGUCUCUCACCUCCUUAUGUCCUUACGAACCUCUUUCGCUACUAUCUGUGUUCUCAUGCAAUAAUGAAGAGCGAUGGGUGCCUCUGCCAGCAUAUUCCUAUCUGAAUGAACAUGCAGUGCAAUCUUAAGUCUGACCAUGUUUUUCCCCAAUUUGGGAUAAGAGCCUUCCUUUCCUUGUCAGCGCUCCUCUCUCAAGCAUCCCACUUUGAACCAGGUAUUCCUGGCUUAUUAUAUUUAUGCAUGAAAGACCUCCUUGUUUUCAAACAGGGAUUCAGAAAAGUUGACCCUGAUCGAUGGGAAUUUGCAAACGAGGGGUUCCUGAGAGGUCAAAAGUAUCUCCUGAAGAACAUCAGCAGGAGGAAACCCUCCAGCAUGAGCAACCUGCCUACGCAGCCCCAGCCUCAGACCGCAUCCGUCGGACCGUGCGUGGAAGUGGGUAAGUUCGGGGUCGAAGAGGAGAUCGAGCGGCUCAAGAGGGACAAGAACGUCCUCAUGCAGGAGCUCAUCAAGCUCAGGCAGCAGCAGACUUCCACCGACCAUCAGCUCCAGACCCUCGGCCAGCGCCUCCAGGGCAUGGAGCAGCGGCAGCAGCAGAUGAUGUCCUUCCUCGCCAAGGCCAUGCAGAGCCCCGGCUUCCUGGCCUCACUGGUGCAGAAGAAGGACAGCACCCGCCGCAUCGCCGCCACCAGCAAGAAGCGUCGCCUCCCCAACGGCGGUGGCAGUGCCGAUGCCGAUAUGGUGGAGCAGGACAAUGGGUCCCCCGACGGCCAGAUCGUCAAGUACCAGCCCCUCAUGAACGAGGCCGCCAAGGCGAUGCUGAUGCAGAUCCUGAAGAUGAACUCCUCCCCCCGACACGACGGCUUGUUCCACAACAGCCCUCCUCAGUCGCCCGAUGUUCUCGACCGUGGGAGCUCGUACGGUGCCAUCACCCCGCCAAGCCCGAGCCUCACCUUCUUGACCAACACUGCUCGGCCUUCAGCCGCCAUCUCCGAGAUCCAGUCUCCGACAGGCACCGAAGAGGUGGUGGCGGAGCUGCCGAAUGGCUCUUUGGAUACAGGGCUCGCCGCCGCCGCCUUCCUCGACGAGAUGGCGGUGGGAGGCGACGAGGUGCCGACAGAGGAUGCAGCAGAUAUUAAUAGUUUCAUUGAGGACAGCUCUAAGCUUCCCGGGAUCAGCGACUCCUUCUGGGAGCAGUUCCUGACGGCGAGCCCGCCGCCAGAUGGAGAGCAUGGCUGGGACGGAGCCCAGGGCGUUGACCAUCUCACCGAGCAGAUGGGCCUCCUCUCCUCUGACCCUGCCGCCAAGUGGUGA